CGGCCCGGCCCCUGUGGGCUGCUCCGGGCUCAGUCCCUCCCGCCGCGAGCCGCCCGGGGCGGCGGCCUGCAGCUGCGCCGGUCGCGGGACAGAUGCAAGUAGAUGGGGAGAGGGGUGUUUUGGUCCGUUUGACAUGUCAAUCAGGGCACUGGAGGAAAAUGGCACCCGCGAGUGAGCACUGGGCCGAGGAUGCCCAGAGCCGCCUUUCGCCGCCCGCAGAAGGCGGCUGCCGGGGCCUGACCCCGCGCGGGAACCCCCGACGGGCCCGCGGCGUUCCCCGGGCGGCCGCGCGAACCCUUCUCGCAAGUGGGCGGGUCUCCUGGUGCAAAUUGAGAGACGCUGCGGCCACUGUCCUCUCCCUUCCCCACCCCCGUUUGUGAUUACCCCGUUUCUGGGGCAGGAAGUUCCUCCCCCUCCAUAAUUCAUUUCUUCCUUUUUUCAGAUUAUAUUAAUCUCAUUCUGAGUAAAUCCAGUUUUUCUUUUUAAAGUUUGCCCGAUCGUUAACUGCUUCCCUAUCACUUGUUAUUUUGAGAAAUCAAGCUACUUAGGCAGCACCUAGCGCUGUACUUGGAAUUUGACAGCAGCUAACAUGUUUCAUAAAGUAACGCCCAUUUCCCCCCAGGAAAUUACAUUUGGCACUCAUUCUCUUGAGACUCAAGUUUUUUGGCAAAACUGUUGAUUCUCACAGGAUUUUGUCAAGUGUGUAAAGUACACUUUAGGAUGACAGACUUUAAAGCUGAAAGGGGCCUUACAGGAAAUCUAGUUCAUCCCUCUGUUUUACAGAUGAAGACACCCGGCCUAACGAACGUGUAGCUUGAUCGAAGCCCUACACUUUUUGAGUAACUGGACUCCAGGGCUCCAGGCCUUGGUUAUUGGGGUCUCCACCACACCAGGAGAGCAGUGCCAGUUUAACCCACUCACUGUAGAGACGGUCUGCCAGAGUGUGAAAUAUUCUCUUCGGUUUCCUUGGCUCCCUUCUAACACAGUGGUUCUUGACUGAGGCAUCAUAUUAGAACAAGAGCUUUUUAAAAAAGGAUCUGAGACUCACUCUCAGCAAUUCUGUUUGGCUUGGUCUAGAGUAGGACGCAGGCAUCACUACAACUCUACAUUGAAAGUUUCACAGUACAGUGGUAAGAGCUACUAUUUCAUGAUAAAAUGAUCUCUGCGAACAUUCUUUCUCUAGGUUAUAAAAUGUUAUCCCUCCAUAAUCAUCAUGUGAAAGUACCAUUAAAAAGUUAAAAUCAUUGUAUAAAGUCUGUUAUCACGUGGCACUUUGAAUAUUUCUGCUUUUACCUUUGUAUUUAUAGCCAUGAGUAAGUAUUUCAAAAAAGCUGUACAUAUUCCUCUGCCAACUUUUCUGUCUCCUUGUCUUAUGAUAAUUUAAUAAUAAAGUCACAGUGGUAGGAACCACAGAGAAAAUAUCUAAGACUGUUUAUUUUCUACAGGAACAGAUGUCCUACUCCUUUUGUCCCGUUUUUAUUAAAGAUUCUACAGCCCGAGAGAAUGAAAAGCUGUAUAUUCCAGGAUAUCAUCUGGCUACCAUAGAUCUGAGAGUCCAGUCUAACUAAUACAAAAGAUUUUUUUAAAUAAGUAAAAAUCAAAAGAUGUUAAAUUUCAAGUUAACUUUGAAUUAAACAAAAAUGGAUACUGGUAUAAAACUGUUCUAGGCUACUUAGUUUGAGCUAAUCCAGAGUUACUACAAUUUAGUUAGUAAACAAGGUUUUGUAGUCUCUCAAAUAUCAAUACUAAUUCUAUUAUUACAGUAUAAAUACCACUUUGAUAAUAGAUACAGCAUCUUAAGAUGAAGCACUCUUUCAUUUGGGCUCUCGUAUUUGUAAAUGUAAUAAAAUGAUAAAUUAUUUUUUUGCAACUUCUCUCACAUCUUAAAAUUUCCACCCAAAAUUCUUUUCUUUCCUUUUUUAAGAUGUUAUUUAUUUAUUAGAGCAAGAGAGAGAGCACGAGCAGGAGGGAGAGGGAGAAGCAGGCUCCCCACUGAGCAGGGAGCCAGAGGUGGGGCUCCAUCCCAGGACCCCAGGAUCAUGACCUGAGCCGAGGGCAGAUGCUUAACCAACUGAGCCACCCAUGUGCCCCUCCACCCAAAAUUCUUAAAUAAAACUUCUAAGAUCUUUCUGUAUGCAUAGGAAGCUUUAGCUAUUCCACAUACUAGAUAAACUAAUAUUGAUGGUAAAAGAAAGGAUGAGCAAAGGCUAUAUGAAAAACCUAGCUAAUAAGUUUACAAAGUAGGCUGUAUUAGAAAAUGUUUUUAAUAACUUUGUGUUGGAUUGGCUCUAUUGACAGAUAAAAUCUGGUUGUGUUGCCUUAAAAUGUCAAAGGUCUAUUACUAUACAAAGAAGUUUGAGUGAACCUAUUAUGUAUCUAAGUUGUGGUGUUUUUUUCUUUUAAGCAUUUCUGAAUUCGUUUCAUUUUAUAAACUUGGAAAAAUUUUCCCUUUAUUCAAUUCAAUAUAUUUGCAAAAUGUGCCAUUAGUAUGUAUGUUAAAAGUUUCAGAUGGGGGUUUUGAAGAAAGGGGAUGAGUUAAAAGUCAGACUUGAAGUACUACCAGCACCAUUUAAUGGCUAGUCGUCUGACUUUGGGUACCUCCCCCACCUUCUCUAAGCCUAUGGUUCCUCAACCAUAAAAUGGAACUAGUAUUGUACCUGCUCUGUUACCUCAUAGGAUUAAAAAAAGAUAGCACGGGGCAGAGAUUCUCAAAGUAUGGUAUGGCUCAGGGACCCCCCAGAGGUUCCUGAAACCUUUUCAGGAUCUACAAGGAUCUUGCUUUUGCAAGGGCAAGAUCUCUUAAUCUACUUGAAUCAAAACAGCUUGUGGCAACACAUUGAGCACAGAAGCAAAGAACCCAGCUGUACUUUUUAAAGUCAGGUAUUAAAGAAUACUGUAAAAUAUAAAACGAUGCUACCCUUCCCACUUACAAAAUAUAUGUAGUUAUUUUUUAGAAAAAAAAUUUAUGUUAAUAUAUAAUGGGUUUAUUGUUAUUUUAAAUGAAUUAAAAAUUUUAAAUGUCUCACUGUUAAUUUUUUUUUUUAAGAUUUUAUUUAUUUAUUUGAGAGAGAGAAUGAGAGAGAGCAUGAGAGGGGGGGAGGGUCAGAGAGAGAGGCAGACUCCCUGCUGAGCAGGGAGCCUGACGUGGGACUCGAUCCCGGAACUCCAGGACCAUGACCUGAGCCGAAGGCAGUCGCUCAACCAACUGAGCCACCCAGGCGCCCCCUCACUUUUAAUUUUUUAUAUGGUAAAUAUUGAUAAAUACAACCCACAUAAGCAACAGCUCUUUGUAGUCCCUAAUGCUCCUCUUAAGAGUGUAAGUGGAUCUUGAGGCCAGAACUUUUUUUUUUUUUUUAAGAUUUUAUUUAUUUAUUUGGCGGAGAGAAACACACCGAGAGAGGGAACACAAGCAGGGGGAGUGGGAGAGGGAGAAGCAGGCCUCCCGCUGAGCAGGGAGCCCGAUGGUGGGGCUCGAUCCCAGGACCCUGGGACCAUGACCCGAGCCGAAGGCAGAUGCUUAAUGACUGAGCCACCCAGGCGCCCCGAGGCCAGAAUUUUUUAGAACUGAUAAAGGGUAAUAAUGGCUGAGUAGUUCCUCUUGGGACAAUUCUGAACUAGAAACUACAUUGACCCUUAAACAGCGUGGGAAUUAGGGGCAUCAACCUCCCUGCACAGUCAAAUAUCUGCAUUUAACUUAACACCUGCCCCCCCAGCCUCCCACGCUUAACUAAUAAUAGCCUACUAUUGACUGCAAGCCUUACUGAUAGCAUAAACAGUCAAUUAACAUAUUUUGUAUGUUACAUGUAUUAUAUACUGUAUUCUUACAAUAAGCUAGAGAAAAGAAAAGAAAAUGUUAUUAAGAAAAUCGUAAGGGGCACCUGGCUGGCUCUGUAGAGUGUGCAACUCUUGAUCUCUGGGUUGUGAGUUCAAGCCCCAUGUUGGGCCUAGAGCUUAUUUAAAAAAAAAAAAAGAAAAAAUCAUAAGGAAGAGAAAAUACAUGUACAGUACUGUACUGUGUUUAUCCAAAAAAAUCUGCAUAUAAGUGGGCCCAUGCAGUUCAAACUGAUGUGGUUCAAGGGUCAAAUCUGUAACUUGAAAAAAAGCUUUAGAAGCUAUCAGAUGGCAUUUAAAAGUGACAGAAAUCAGGCAGAAACUGGAAUGAAGUCUAUACUUGGUAGAAGGGAACAGAAGUGGAUGAGUUUCCAUUUUUAUGGCUUUUAUCCUGAGAGAAGGCUCCAAUUGGUGACAGGAGGAGCCGGCCAAACUUAGGUUAAUAACCUGUAAUCUUACUUGCUUGAAGAAAAGAGGACAGAGUGCAGAGUGACCACAUAGCUGGAAAGAAAAGGAAAAUCCUAGAAAGGAUUCUGGGGACCCCAAAUAUUGUGUAUAAUUCAGCUUGAAUCUCUUGUCAACCCCCUAAACUUACACAUAUGUCAAACCUCUAUACAGCACACCAACAACUAAAAAAACUGAACCAAGAGGGAGGCAGAAUUUGGAGUUUAAGUCCAGCCAAGUUAAUUGUAACAACAAAGCAAAAACAUCAGUACUUUUUGAAAGAAUAUUACAGAAUCUAGAGUCUUUACCACAGUAAUCACAAUGUCUAGGAUAUUGUCCAAAAUGAAACAGGAAACUAUCACCCUAAUUAAUGGAGAUUGACUCCAAAAUGACCCAGAGUUUGGGCUUGGCAGAGAAGACUUAAAGCAGCUAUUAUAACUAUGCUCAAGAAUGUAAAGCAAAAUAAAGUGGUAAUGUGUCAACAAAUAGGAAAUCUCAACAGAGAAAUAGAAACUAAAAAGGAAUGAGAUGAAAAUUUUAGACCUGGAAAUAUAAUACCUGAAAUUAAAAAUUCACUGAGUUUAACAAAAAUGACAGUCCGUGAACUUGUAGCUUAAUAGAAAGUAUUUCAUCUGAAACAAAUUUUUAAAAUCUUUUUAUGCUUUUUUUUAUUUUUUAAGAUUUCAUUUACCUAUUUUAGAGAGAGAAUCCCAAGCAGACUCUGCGCGGAGUAUGGAGCCCAACAUGGGGCUUGAUCCCAUGACCCUGAGAUCACAAUCUGAGCGGAAACCAAGAGCCAGACCCUCAACUGACUGAGCCACUCAGGCACCCCUGAAACAGAAAAAUUAUUUUAUGUGAAAGUUCUAUAUAAACUUCAUCACUAUAUAUUAGCAUCAGGGAUUGUUACUCUAGGUUUCUUUCUUUUUUUUUUUUUUUUAAGAUUUUAUUUAUAUAUUUGACAGAGACAGCGAGAGAGGGAACACAAGCAGGGGGAGUGGGAGAGGGAGAAGCAGGCUUCCUGCCGAGCAGGGAGCCCGAUGCGGGGCUCCAUCCCAGGACCCUGGGAUCAUGACCCUAGCCGAAGGCAGACGCUUAACGGACUGAGCCACCCAGGUGCCCCUCUAGGUUUCCUUCAAGAUCUAAACUCAGCUCUUCCCUCUGCAUAUGGACUGCCUUCAUAGUGUGUGAAUGGAAGCCAUCUACAGAGUACUCUGAGAUUCUCUCCUCACCUCAGCCAUCUCCUUGCCACUGUCAGAAAGAAAUCCCUCUCUUCUCCAUGGCUGACUGCUACACUUAGACUUUUGCUUGUGUUCCUUCUGGCUUCUGGAGAUUCCACCCCUCUUCAGCCUGAAAGUCUUCUCUGAGCUGAAGGUGCCCAUCAUCAAUGUCUUAUCCUAUCUGUACCUACCCUUUAUGGCCUUUGCUGUCUAACAUUCCCUUGCAGUGAAGAGAUUUUGCUCUGGCUACUUUCACAGACUAUUGUCAGAGGUCGCUAGAAAUCUCUUAGUCACCACACUUGGGGUGUUUGUAAUAGGCCUCAUCCCCAUGUUUCUCUGCAGUACUUUCCACCAUUGGUGGAGCACUCCCCACCCAGGUUCUUGCCUUUCCUUCACCCACCCCCCUUUUCCCCCACUCAAUGUUGAUAUGUUUUCUUAUUACUCCUCUUCUUGUUGUGUCUUUUUUGUGUUGUUUGGGGAUUCAUUCUUAGCUUUUUUUCCCCUCCUAUUUUACUCAAUAGUCCCAUCCACUCCUGGUGGCUUCAGCUGUGUAAUUACAGAGGACCUCCUCUCCCUGUCUAGCCCUGAUCUCUAUAGAGUCCCAAUCCUACAUAAUGUCUCCAUUGAUCACUGAACAUUUCUACUCAGAUGUCCUGGAGUGAACACCUUGAACUCACUGUGUCCAAAAUGAAACUUCUCUUUUAUGAAGCCAGUUUCUAUGCCUCUUCUCUGGCAUUCUGGGACCCUGCCUUUAUAUUGAUACCUAACACAUGACAGUUACUCUGCAAAUAUGACCUGAAGGGAUGAAUGAAUUCUUCCAGUUAUCCAAGCUGGAAUUCUGAGACUUGCCUUUGACUUUAUCUUCCCUGUGGCUGACCACAUCCAGUCUGGCUGCCAAGUCAUGUCAGUUCUAUGUCUGGUGUAUCUCUUGUAUUCCUUCAUUCCCACUGCCAUUACUUGGAUAUUGCAGUGGACUUCUUGCUGGUCUUUAUUUUUCCAUACCUUUCCCUUGCUAAUCUUUUUUAUGUAUUGCUACUAGAGCAAUCUUGACUCAAAGGCCUGAUCAUGAUGAUCAUGAUGAUCAUGAUGAUGGUAAUUGGUAUUUACUGAACACUUACUGUGGCCUCACUAUUUCUUUUUUUCUUUUCUUUUUUUUUUUAAUUUGAGACAGAAUGAGAGGGAGGAGGGUCAGAGGGAGAAGCAGACUCCCCGCCGAGCAGGGAGCCUGAUGUGGGACUCGAUCCCGGGACUCCAGGAUCAUGACCCGAGCCGAAGGCAGUCGCCCAACCAACUGAGCCACCCAGGCGCCCUGGCCUCACUAUUUCUAUGUGCUUAUGUGCAUUAUCUUAUUAAAUCUAUGUAACAACCUGUGAGGUAGAUACUGUAAUUAUCCAUAUUUUACAAGUAAAACCAAGGACCAGAGAGUUAAGCAUCUUCUCAAGAUCACACAGCUAAAUGACAGAAUUGGAAUUUUAAUCCAAGCUGUCUAAUUCCAGAGUCCAAGCUUUAACUACUAUGCUGUUCUCCCUCCUGCAAAAACAUCUUAACAUCAUUCAUUUCAAACACAAGUGGAGUACCUUUCAGUUUUACAUUCGGUACCCUGUGUGAGCUGCCCACAUCUCUUAUUACCCACUUACUUUUGGUUUUUCUAUGCCAAACUGAGUUCUUCAGUUACCUAUAUAUUCACACUCCUCCCUGUAAUUUUAUUCACUCUAUUUUUUCCUGCCUGGAAUGCUAUGUUUACCUUAUGCCUGUUCAUCUAAAUCCAGUUCAAAUGGCUUAUUUUUCAUUGGGUUGCCUGAUAUUGAUCUCCCCUUCAUAACAUGUUCUCUGAAAUGCUCCUUAUGACAUUUGCCACUUUUACUUCAUAUCAUAAUUACCAUGUUUUAUGUUUUCUCUCCCCUAUUAGCCUGCAGUCUUCUUUUAAAAAUUUUUAAAUUUAAAUACAAUUUAAUUAACAUGUACUAUAUUAUUAGUUUCAGAGGCAGAAUUCAGUGUGUCAUCAGUUGCAUAUAACACCCAGUGCUCAUUACUUCAAGUGCCCUCCUUAAUGCCCAUCACACUGUUACCCCAUCCCCUCCUCCAGCAACCCUCAGUUUGUUCCCCAUAGUUAAGAAUUUCUUAUGGUUUGCCUCCCUCUCCAUUUUCCUCUUAUUUUAUUUUUCCUUCCCUUCCCCUAUGUCCAUCUGUUUUGUUUCUUAAAUUCCACAUAUGAGUGAGAUCAUAUGGUAUUUGUCUUUCUCUGACUGACUUAUUUCACUUAGCAUAAUACCCUCUAGCUCCAACCACAUCCUUGCAAAUGGCAAGAUUCCAUUCUUUCAAUAGCUGAGUAGUAUUCCAUUGUAUAUAUACCAUAUCUUCUUAUCCAUUUAUCUGUUGGUGGACAUCUGGGCUCUUUCCAUGUUUUGGCAAUUGUGGACAUCGCUGCUAUAAACAUUGGGGUUCAUGUUAGCCUGCAGUCUUCUUGGUUGCAGCAUGUAAGUAUUUUUCUUCUGUCCCUAGGCCUUGUAUAAUGCAUGCCUUCAAAUAAUUUUUUCUUUAUUAAGUUUCUCUUCAAAAAAUGUUCAGUAAGCGAAGAAUUUAACUGUUACUCAUAGACCAUUAACCACAAGAGUUUUGUAUAUGUGGCUUUUUAGUGUGCCCUUUCUCAUUUCCAUGUGGUUCAGUAGUUCAUUAUACUACUGCACUAUAUAUAUAUGUCUGUGUGUGUAUAUAUAUAUGUAUGUAGAUAGAUCUGGUGAAAAUGUUUAUGAUCUGAGGUUUUUUUUUUUUUUUUUUAACAAUGUGUCAAGCUAGUUUAAACUACUUCAGUUUGAACCAUUUCAUUGAAUCUAAGACACGUGUUUUUCACAUGGUGAAAUCUCCAGCAUACAGUUUUAUUUUGGUUUUUAAAUCUCUCUCUAAUAAAUCGGUGGUGUUUUAGAAUCCGGGUAAUGCGGCAAAUACAAUAAAUAGUGACUUUUAGUUAAAUGGCUUUUGGAACAAUACUCACAAUUUGGAGUUUGGUUUACAUUCAGGUCUCUGUAGGUUCUGUUAUUUUGUUCCCUCUUAUUUCAUUACUGCUUAAAGGCUUUUAAAAUGAGAUGGUAAGGAGUAAGAGUUUUGUUUUUAUUUAUUUUUUAAUUGGGGGAGGUUUGGGAGAAACUUAAUGUUUGAGUAAGUAUAAUUUUUAAAAGUAAUGUAUGAAUAGAAUUAAAAGCAAGUUGCAGGAUUCUUAAAAUACAAUAUUAUUUAUAUAAAAUUUUAAAACAUGCAAAAUAAUACCAUACCUUCUGAAGGGAUACAUACAGAUGCAGUAGGAACAUGAUGAUGUUACAAGACAGUCAUAAACACCAAAGUCUGGGUGAUGAUUACCUUUGGAGGCAAGGUAAUGGGUAGUUAGAAUGAGGGAGAGAUAGUAGGGGGUCUCUACCACAUUUGUAAUGUUUACCUUAUGUGCUCAGGGGUGGCUGGCUGGCCGCAUGUUUGUCACAUUGAUCUCUGUACCUAUUUGUCUAUCUGAAAUACUUCAUAAUUUUUUUUAAUAUUUAAUUUAUUUAUUUGACAGGCACAGCGAGAGAGGGAACACAAGCAGGGGGAGUGGGAGAAGGAGAAGCAGCCUUCCGGAGGAGCAGGGAGCCCGAUGCGGAGCUCGAUCCCAGGGCCCUGGGAUCAUGACCCGAGCCGAAGGCAGACACUCAACGACUGAGCCACCCAGGCACCCCCUUCAUAAUUUUUAAAAAUGAGGGGAAAAGGAAUACAUGUUGGAAUGUACUUAUGAUGUUAAACUUCAAUAAAAAGAUUUAAGUUCAGGGUGCCUGGGUGGCUCAGUUGGUUAAGUGUCCGACUCGAUUUCAACUCAGGUUAUGAUCUCAGGGUCCUGAGAUGGAACCCCACAGCAGGCUCCACGCUCAGCACAGAGUCUGCUUAAGAUCCUCUCCCUCUCCCUCUGCUCCCCACCCCCAGCUCGCUUAAGGCCGUUCUCUCUCUCAAGAAAAAAAAAAAAAAGAAUUUAAGUUUAAACAGUACAAUUCCCCCACCCUGCUCCUUUGUUUCCCUCCCAGAAGCAAAGAUUUCACUCAUUUCUUUGAAUCUUUCCAGAGAUGUGUACAUAAACAAGAAUAUAUUUCUGUAUAAAUUUCUCCCCUACCUUUAAAAUAACCACUCCAUCCCCUUUUGCAUAAAUAGUAGUCUUCUCUGUACAAUUUCGUGCUUUGCUUUUUUUCACUUAAUAUAUCUUAGAGAUUAUUUCAUAUCAGUACAUUAAAUAUGUAAUUUUAAUAAAAAUAGAUUUAACUUUGUAUCAGUAAUAAUUACCUUUUUUGUUUACCAGUUAUUGCCUAGAUUUUAUCCAUUAAUAAGUAUUUGUUUCUGUAUCAGAUUUGUGUAAGCAAAUUAAGCAGCAGGAAAUCUGGGUUUUUACCUAGUUUCCCUUUCCAAACAUUCUUGAGGCUUCCCGAGAUAUCUUGAUGUAUAACCUGACCAUUCCCUAGGCAUCUCCAGUUUGUGGGUCAUGUUCUCUCUGGGAGGUGGAAAGGGAGGACAUUUGGGUUCUGGAGCCCAGUGACCAGGUUUGCCAUCCCCUGCUCUGCCACUUAUUAGCAGUGUGACUUGAGUAAAUUAACUCUUUGUACUGAUUCAGUUUCUUCAUCUGUACAUGCACUGAAUAUUCCCUUUCUUGUAUAGUCAUAUUGAGAGCUAAAUGAGUGAAAAGUGCCUGACACACAGGAAGCACUGUAAAUGUUGGCUAGUUUUAUUAUAUUAUUGAUCACUCAGCUGUCUGCUGCCCAAGCUGUGGCCAGUCUCCGGACAGCUAACUCCACACUCUCAUCACUGACUUCCUUAGACUUUGGUCUCUGGCUAGUGAGGAAACUUCAUUCUCUUCUUCAGAAACUGCUCUUUUAGAGAAGGUUCUCCCAGCUGGCCAGUGAUGCCCUUUAUACGACAGCUGCCUUCUUCUUAAGGCACUGGGUCUGUCUACACAGUCGGGAUGAAGCAGAGCCUCCAAUCUGCCUGGAACUCUGGCACUUUUGAAUCCCUUGCUGCUCACACUAGACUUCUCUGCCAUAAUUCUUAUGCAUGUUUUUCCUCGUGCAUGGUUUUUCCAAGACCAGUGGUCCCAUUCUGUAUUGUUCCUUCAGGAGCCUCCAUGCUUGUAUGUGUCUGAAUCCAGUUAAUAUCAGGGUUUAGGCUCUUUCCAUUGGGUUCCUGGGCCCCAUGUAAAUCAUGGGAUGUGGCUUGGUAUCUAUUUUAAGGGCUCCUGCACAUACUGUGACUGAUCAUGUUUCCCAAACGUACCGUAUGAUAGUUAGAGGGCCAGUGUCCCCUGAGCUCACAGGGCUCCCUACGGAGCACUGACAGCUCUAGCCCAGCCAGGACAGUGAUAUGGACAGUUCUAGCUAACACUUGAAUAGCAGUUUCCAUUACAAGGUGCUUUUCACAUAACUUAACUCCUGUAGCUCUGAGGAAGGGGUCAGUAUGACUAGAAGCACGGUCACAUAGAUAAAAAAAGACAGCCUUCCUUUUGCUUCUGUGUUACUCAUACCAAGCUACCUUCUUAGAUGAAAAAAGACCAUAUUUUGCAGUUUUAAUGAGUGGAUUUAAUGUUAGCUAGGUUUGGGGUGAAAUUAACAGUAUUAAAAACUAUUAAGUAAUCUCGUUUAAAUUUAGGCCUCCUUGUACUCUGUAGGUUUGUGUGAACUGUAGCUAAUUUUGUAAAAAAAAAAAAAAAAAUUGUCCUUUUUCUCAGAGCCACAAUGGACACAGCUAGCCAUAGCCUUGUCCUUCUGCAGCAGCUGAACAUGCAGCGAGAAUUUGGUUUUCUGUGUGAUUGCACAGUUGCCAUUGGAGAUGUUUACUUCAAAGCCCACAGAGCAGUGCUUGCUGCUUUUUCUAACUAUUUCAAGAUGAUAUUUAUUCACCAAACAAGUGAAUGCAUAAAAAUACAACCAACUGACAUCCAGCCUGACAUAUUCAGCUAUUUGUUGCACAUUAUGUACACGGGGAAAGGGCCAAAACAGAUUGUGGAUCACAGUCGUUUGGAGGAAGGGAUUCGAUUUCUUCACGCCGACUACCUUUCUCACAUUGCGACUGAAAUGAAUCAAGCGUUCUCACCAGAGACUGUGCAGUCCUCAAAUUUGUAUGGCAUUCAGAUCUCAACGACCCAAAAGACAGCUGUCAAGCCCGGGCUGGAGGUCAAGGACGCUCCUUCCAGUAACAGUGGCAACAGAGCUGCUGUCCAGGGUGACCACCGCCAGUUGCAGCUCUCUCUGGCUAUCGGGCUGGAUGACGGCACUGCAGAACAGCAGAGGGCCCGUCCUGCCGCCCAGGCCUUGGAGGGGCGCCAGGAGCCCCCAGUGUCCAUCAAGCAGGAGACAUAUGACCCAGAGUCUGCGCUCUCCCAGAGCCACCCCUCACCCUCAUCUGAGGUGACAGGCCCCACUUUCACCGAAAGCAGCAUCAAAACACACUUGUGCCAUUACUGUGGGGAACGUUUUGAUUCCCGUAGUAACCUACGGCAACAUCUCCAUACCCAUGUGUCUGGAUCCCUCCCAUUUGGUGUCCCUGCUUCCAUUCUGGAAAGCAAUGACCUUGGUGAAGUGCAUCCACUUAAUGAAAACAGUGAGGCCCUUGAAUGCCGCAGGCUCAGCUCCUUCAUUGUCACGGAGAAUGAGCAGCAGCGUGACCACUCAAACCAGGGUGCCACAGAGCCUCUGCAGAUCAGUCAAGUGGCUUUGAUCUCCAAAGACACAGAGCCAGUAGAAUUAAACUGUAAUUUUUCUUUCUCAAGGAAAAGAAAAAUCAGCUGUUCCAUCUGUGGUCAUAAAUUUCUCCGAAAAAGCCAGUUGCUAGAACACAUGUAUACACACAAAGGUAAAUCUUACAGAUAUAACCGAUGCCAAAGGUUUGGCAAUGCGUUAGCCCAGAGAUUUCAGCCAUAUUGUGACAGUUGGUCUGAUGUCCCCCUGAAAAGUUCUCGCUCGUCACAAGAGCAGUUAGAUUCACCUUGUGCCUUAGAGUCAGAGCUCACGCAAGAAAAUGCAGACACUAUCCUUGUGGAGUAGCAGUUUCUCCUUCAUGAUGUUUAUACCCAUUUGGAAAAAGAAAAUUCACAUGCAUUUUUAUUCAUGAAUUAUUUUCCUCCUCCACUUCUAUUAACUUUUUUUCUUUACCAUUGAUUCACAGUUUUAAGGUUGUAUAUAUGAGGUCUUCUUAUUGUAAGAUAUACAUAUGGCUAUUAAAAUGUAGCCUUCAAGUAGAGCUAUGAACAUUCGUAAAUCACAAUUUAGAAAUCAGAAAUCAAUGUAGGAACCAUGGAACUUUAAAUAUUUAUAGAAUUUCUAAGUUGUAGUGAAUCAGUAAAACCAAAUUGAAAAUGAAGUAAAUGAAAUAUUUUUUAAAGAACAUUGUAGACUAUCACUUUUGGCUAAUUUUUCACAUGAAUACGCCACUAUGAAGACUAUUUAAAAAUAUUUUCUGCCAUAUAGGAAGUUAAAGUUAUUCUAAUGCAUAACUAUAUGUUAUAAUCUAUACAAAUUUUGCUUUAAGGCGUAGCUAUAAUCAUAAGUAGUUUUAAAAUCACUUUUUUUUUAGAUUUUUUUUUUUUUUUUGACAGAGAGAGAGAUAACAAGAGAGGGAACACAAGCAGGGGGAGUGGGAGAGGGAGAAGCAGGCUUCCCACUGAGCAGGGAGCCCGAUGUGGGGCUCCAUCCCAGGACCCCGGGAUCAUGACCCGAGCCGAAGGCAGACGUCUAACGACUGAGCCACCCAGGCGCACCUUAAAAUCACUUUUUACUUAUUAGCUCUGCAACAUCUUACCUGGCUUUUAUUUUUUGAUAUUGAGCAUACCUCAUUUUUAAUAAAAAAUAUUCUAGUGAAAAGAGAGAAAGGGAGAAGAUUCAGACAUUAAAAUCCUACGGAGAGAAAUAGGAAGAUUCAUAUAUACAGACAAACAUAGAGACAGAUUCAGAUAGAUCUACACUGACCAACACCCAGUGUUGUUACCUUCACCUAGAGCAUUUUCUUAAAGACCAUAAGAACAGUUUGAGAUUUUUUUAUGACCAGAGGUUUACAUCAGUUUUUAAAGAAAAUGAUAAAAUAUAAAUUAUCUUUCUACUCUCAGUGUCAGAGGAUUUUCUAGGCUGCCCAAGCUGAUGUUGAUUUUCUAAGUGUCACUUGAAAAAGUAAUUCUUCAGUGACACAGUUUUCAUUUUUUUCUGAUCCAUAACUAGCAGAGUAGAUACAGUCAAUGUCCUUGAAGUAUGUCUAAAAUCCAUGAUAACUCUCCCUUUGUGAAUAAACUUAGCUCCGUUUUAUAGCAGUGAAACUUACAAAGCUAUAACAUCAGAAAAAUUAAAACUGAUGAACUAAACGAUAGAUUCUCCUUCUUUCUGUAGCUGGGGGAGAGCUGGUGAAACUUCAUCACAAAGGAUGGACCUAAAUUGUUUCUGAAAUGUUUACAUUUCAAAGAUUAGAUAGUCCAGAAUAACAAAAGAGAGAGGCUUUGAAACAGCACCAUCUUUUUUGUAUGCUGCCCGGUUCAGAGCCUCACAGACAUGUUAGUAGAUCUGGUUUGUGAGGCUUAGAAAUUACGUGUAUACAGAAACUCUGAGCUCCUUUAUGACGGCGUCCUUCUGAGGACACCUCCUGACAGUGUCAGGGUUCAGUCAGAAGGGAGCCUCUAGCUCAUUCUGAGGGCACAAAAGGUUUUCUGUGGGUAAACAGUGAGGUUAGGUGAAUUAUGAAAUGAUAAGUUUUUCUUGAAGGCUGAAUGAAGAAACCACUGGGCAUUGUCUAAGGCCGUUGAGUUUCCGUCUCAGACAAAUGACUAAAGCUUCCUGGGGUCAAGAUUGAAAUGUGUUGAGAAAGAAAUCUAGCUAUUGAUAUAGGAUCAAUUAUAUUGGGAGUGGUUAAAAACAAAUGUGUUGCUCUUUGGGGUCAGAACUUCAUCUAGUCUUAAGUCAUUUAAGCAAUUUUUCAAAUUUACACUACCCUCAAAGAUUUCAUCUCAUAGGAUGAACACAAAUAUUAACAUUGAUUUCGUAUUUUAGGCUAUUCAGGAUAUAUUCCCUAGCCUUCUUCAAGUAAAAUUUUAUUUUUCUCAUUAGGAUAACAAUUUUUUCUGAUUUCUUUCUUCUCUGUUCUUUCCUUCCUCCCCAGUCGUUAGUCCUUGACACGGGAAAUGUGUAGCUAAAGGGUGGAUUGAGGGUGCAUAUGAGUUGAGGGGUAGUGCAGCACUUCAGGGCAGAGUCUGAAGAAAUUGUUAAGAGUUUGCUGUGGCUGAUUAGCCAUGGCAGACAACAUUAAUUUAAAGCUGAAAUAUACCUCCAUUUGUUGGGUGUUAAGAAUGUAAUGGUUAACUGUAUUUUUAUUAUCAUUCAUAUAGUUCCUUUUGAUAUUAGAAGUUCAAAGCAAAUUUUCUUUCUUUAGUCUUUUUUUUUUUUUAAGAUUUUAUAUCUUUGAGAGAGAGAGGGAACACGAGUGGAGGGAGGGUCAGUGGGUGAGGGACUAGCAGACUCCACGCUGAGCAGGGAGCCCGAUGUGGAGUUCAAUCCCAGCACCCUGGGAUCAUGACCUGAGCCCAAGGCAGACACUUAACCGACUGAGCCACCCAGGCACCCCUUUCCUUAGUCUUCAUAGUAUUCUCUGUUUUAGGAAGUGGAAAAAUAUUAACUCCAUUUUAUAGAAAAAAAAGUCCCAAGAGGUGGGUUCUAGAGAGCCAGUGAAUAGUGGUGUGGGGACUGACCCCACUUUAAUUUUUUUCAUUCAUUCGACAGACAUAUUUUUAAAAUAACAGGCCUGGUGCCUGGGUGGCUCAGUCGUUAAGCAUCUGCCUUUGGCUCAGGUCAUGAUCCCAGAGUCCUGGGAUCAAGCCCCGCAUCGGGCUCCCUGCUCCGCGGAGAGCCUGCCUCUCCCUCUCCCACGGCCCCUCUUUUGUUCCUGCUCUUGCUAUCUCUCUCUGUCAAACAAAUAAAUAAAAUCUUAAAAAUAAAAUAAAAUAAAAUAACUGUUAUAUGAUUAAUGAAUGCUGUGCCCUGAGUGUAUUUUUUUAAGACAUGAUUCCUUACUAAGAAAAUCUGUUUUGGAUAAAAAAAGUUUCUUCCAGCUAAACCCUUUAGUUUUGACCAUGUCAUCUGCAAAAUGGAGCCAAAAUCUUAACCAUAUAAUACAGUUUGCAUAAUGGUUACCAAGCUCUUCAAACGGGAAAUGCUAUAUGCACCUUAAUCAAUGUAUUAGGCAAAUACUAAACAGACAUUUUCUUCUUGGAUCAGCUUAGAAUUUUCCCUUCUUUCCAGAUCCUACAUAUAGUUCUUUUCUGGAGAAAAACAGACUUGUUUCAGUAUUUGUCACCAUUAGCAUAUUGUCACAACUCUGGAACUCAUAAAGUGAAGUCUGCCUUAUAAGAAAACCAAAAUUUCUUUAAUAAAGCUAUUUUUUUUUUCUUAAAGAUUUUAUUUAUUUAUUCGACAGAGCGAGAGAGUACAAGCAGGGGGAGCAGUAGAGGGAGAGGGAGAAGCAGGCUUCCUGCUGAGCAGGGAGCCGGAUGUGGGGCUCCAUUCCAGGACCCUGAGAUCAUGACCUGAGCCAAAGGCAGACGCUUAACCAUCUGAGCCACCCAGGCGCCCCGAAAACCAAAAUUUCUUGAUUUAUGUAUCUUGAGAUUAUUAUUUCAUGCUCUGCUUUUCUGAUUUCCCAUUUGUAAAGUGGAUAUUAGUAAUACCUACCUCAGAGGGGUGUUGUGAGGAUUUGUAUUAAAAUUUUGUUAAGUUUGGGGCACCUGGGUGGCUCGGUUAGGUGGGCGUCUCUUGAUUUCAGCUCAGGUUAUGAUAUCAAGGUCCUGAGAUCGAGCCCCACGUUGGGCUCCAUGCUGGGAGUGGAGCCUGCUUAAGAUUCUCUCUCCCUCUCCCCCUGCCCCUCUACCCCCUUCUCUAACAACAAAAAAAUUGUGUUAAGUUCUCUUUAGUAUUUUUUUUUUAAGAUUUUAUUAUUUAUCUAUUUGACAAAAAGAGACACAGCGAGAGAGGGAACAUAAGCAGGGGGAGUGGGAGGGGGAGAAGCAGGCCUCCUGCCGAGCAGAGAGCCCGAUGUGGGGCUCGAUCCCAGGACUCUGGGAUCAUGACCUGAGCCGAAGGCAGACGCUUAACGACUGAGCCACCCAGGUGCCCCUCUCUUAGUAUUCUCAAUAAAAACCAACCAUAUAAAGAAAACUAUAUGUGUUCUAUAGCUAAACCUAUUAACUUCAGGAUUCCAACCUGUAAACUCUAGAAUGUCUUAGAAGCAGUCAUAUAUUAUUUAAUACUCAGUAAUUAAUUGACACAAUUCUUAUUUUUUAGAAAUAUUCUAAACAUAUUGUUUAGACAGUAAUGUUGCUGGAAUUCCUUUUCUACUGUAGUUUAACCACCCGUACUUCUCUUUAGCCUUUAGGAAGAAGGAUAUUAGUUCUUUGGUAUUACAGGGAAUAAAACCUUGCCAGUUUCAGCCUCCUGGAAAGUUCCCCCAAACAUAUUGUUUACAUAUGGGAAAAGGAACAAAAGCAAUGGAGAAAAUAUCGUUUUCAUUUCUUUGAUGUAGAUCAUCUAAAAAGUAAAUAGGGACAAGAAAUAGAGUGGGGUUAAUAGCAUAGUGAUUCAUUAUUGGAAGGAAUUCAUAAUGGAAAGGCCUCACUUUAUUUAUUUUUUUAAAAGAUUUUAUUUAUUUGACAGAGACAGAGCGAGGGAGGGAACACAAGCAGGGGGAGUGGGAGAGGGAGAAGCAGGCUUCCCGCUGAGCAGGGAGCCCGAUGCGGGGCUCGAUCCCAGAACCCUGGGACCAUGACCUGAGCCGAAGGCAAACACUCAACGACUGAGCCACCCAGGCACCCCGGGAAAAGUCUCACUUUAAACGGAAGGAAAUACAUAUUAAUCAUGGAAAAAGAGAGUCUGGAAGAUGGUACAAUUCCAUUAAUGUUUAUCUGCACAGGCAAAUUCUUACUUUGUAACCCAGAUCCUUGAUAAGUGUAAUUUUUUUAGUAGUUUUUGAGGUAAAAUAAGCCACAUGAAGAGUUUCUAUAAUGUAAUUUGUGUCUGUAUGUUUUAAACUAAAUGUAGCUCUGUGGUAUUUUAUUAUAAUUUUUAAAUUUCUACGAGUGAAAUCUAGAACUGAUUGUUCUCUGCUGUAUUGCCAUGUUUGUAUGGUUGGACUCUUUGAAAACUGGUAGGAUUAUACAGUCCCAAGUCUGGAUGUCUUAAAUACAAGGAAUCACAGACUGAUUUCUGUCUUCAAGACCUGGAAGAAUCUGUUGUGCGUCAGUGUGCAUCUGUGCUACAUUCGAUUACUUAGUAGAUUCUGCUCCAACGCAUUGGACAUGAACUGCCAUCAACUCUUCUGUUUUGUGCCAAAUAAAGUCAUUUAGUCAGACUAGAUCAGAUAUCAACUUAAACUCGUUUCAGAGAAACUUGGAUUUCAAAAAUGUGUGCAAUAAAAAAGGCCCAGUGAAGAAAUCUUCCACGUACAAGUAACACAUGGCGAAUCCGGAGACUGGUGAGCAGUGCACUGUAUGGCUGAGCUCUUCCACCUUAUGGACUUUGAGUUUGCUUCAGAAACAUUAUUUUAGAAAGUUUGGUAUCCUCUGUUUGGAAUGAAAACAGUGCAUUUCAUGUAUUUUAUCAUGGCAAAUAAAUUAAUGUGACUUGAUUAUAAACAAAA